GCCGGAGAGGCGGAACACAGGAAGCACACUUGGUUGAAUGACCAUUAAAGCAGCAAUCGGCAAUAAAUAUGUUGUGAUGCCACGCUCCAAACAGACACCGAGCGGAUUGUCCGAGGCUGCAGGAGCGGACUUUUGCACCGGGUCGAGACUUUGCGAAAUGCCGCCGCUGUACGGCCACGGAUUCUCUGUGCGCAGAGUCUGGAAGCAGACCAAACCGGGACUCGCUCACAGGGGGAUUUGAGCCAGUGAUGGACAGCUGUUGGACAUUGAUUUGACCGUGCGGCAACACAGGCUACCAUGGAUCAAGAAGCUGUAUUUUGUCGCUGCCAGGAGAAGAGGAGGAGGAGGAGGAGGAUGAGGAGCGGCUGAGUUCUCCUCUCUGCUCCGAUCAGCUCAAGUGGAAGACGAUCGUGAUGAUGCUUUUUGGCCAAACGCGAGGCUCCCACUGCCGUCCGGGCUGAAAUGUUUGCUCAGCACAGGUGAAUCGACACUUGAAGGCACCGACUCGGAGCUGCCAACAUGGGAUUCACCUUUUUAUUUCAGCCCACUUCCGUCUUUUCUGCCCACAAGAAAACAGGAAACGUGUCUGCAGAAAUAACGGAUUCUCGGCGUGACUGAUGGCGCUGCGCUGUGAUCUCUGGGGACUAUCUGAGUUGUGUAUUGGUUUUUAUUUCAUCUGCCGCGCUGCUGUGCAACCUCUCCAUGGAUGAGAGUUAAUUGGGCCCAAUGAUGUAGAGCCAAAUCCACCUGGAUGUGAUGUUCCCUCCUCUCAUGGCGAAAGUGGCUCCCCUGUGACUUUUGCGCAUGUUCAAUUGUUUCUUAUUCCCAGAGCUGUUCACAACUUCUGGCAACUGAUUAGAUUUAUUUAAAAAAAAAGCUUUUAGAAUGAAUCUUUGCUCGUGAAAGUGGAGAAUAAACCUGUGACUGUGUGAACACACGUUUUUAUAUUUAAAGCCCUCAGGCUUCUUACCAACUAUGGGAAAAUCUCCGCAUAAUAGACAUUUAAGGUGCCUCACUCUUGGGACUAAAUAGUUCCCUGACAUUAGAUUCAGUGGAACAUUUUUUUCCUCCCUCUCAAGUGGUUAUUUGUGUACGCACUGUCGUCGCCUCCCGUUCCUUUCAAUAUGUCGAGAUCAAAUAGUGUCAGCCCACCCGGAGUCGGUGCUCCCGGGCUGAGGGGAGGGACCGAGCACAGAUCAGCUUGGGGAGAGUCUGAGUCUGUGGCCAACGGAUGCCCAUAUUCAACCAGAUCCCCGCGCAAGAAGCUCACCCGGACCAACAGCCGGUGGAGGGAGGAGGAUGAUCUGGACCACCGGCCGCCCGGGCGAGCGUCUACAACGGUCAGCAGGGUCAGCUUCAGGUCCAGGUCGGCUUGGCAGGACCAUGGCGAGGACAACCGAGACAACAACCGCGCGUCCGCUAAGCGUCCAGACGGCGAGGUGAGACCCAAGUCUGUGGAGCUGGGUCUGGAAGAGAGGAGAGCCAAGCCGAGGACCGACGAGGAGGAGGUCAUGCCCGAAGUUAACUUUUCUUUUGUGGCGUGCUGCUCCAGCGUCAUGCACAUUUUCAAAUCCAAGAAAUUCCAGUCGGAGAAGUUGGAGCGGCUCUACCAGCGCUACUUUUUCCGUCUCAACCAGAGCAGCUUGACUAUGCUCAUGGCAGUGCUCGUGUUGGUCUUCACGGUCAUGCUGGGCUUUCACUGCUCCGGUGGGAGAGCGGGGCCGAGCGUCACGUACGUGGUGGUAUUUUCCCUGGCCAUCUUCCUCACGCUUAUACUCAUGGUGGUCUGCAACAGGAACGGCUUUCACCAGGACCACAUGUGGGUCGUGUGCUAUGUGGUCAUCCUGGUGGUGCUGGUGAUCCAAGUGAUCGGAGUUCUGCUCGUACAGCCCAGAAGUGCCUCGGAGGGGAUCUGGUGGACCGUGUUCUUCAUCCAUGUCAUCUACACUCUGCUGCCCGUCAGGAUGCGCGCCGCAGUCAUCACUGGAGUUAUACUUUCCUCCAUCCACGUGGCCAUUUCUUGGAUGUUAAACGAAAUGGACAGCUUUCUAUGGAAGCAGAUAGUAUCCAACGUGCUGAUCUUCUCCUGUACCAACAUAGUGGGAGUGUGCACCCAUUACCCUGCUGAGGGCUCCCAGAGGCAGGCCUUCCAGGAGACCAGGGAGUGCAUCCAAGCUCGCCUCCACUCCCAGAGGGAAAACCAGCAGCAGGAACGCCUCCUGCUCUCAGUGCUCCCUCGCCAUGUUGCCAUGGAGAUGAAAGCUGACAUAAACGCCAAGCAGGAAGACAUGAUGUUCCACAAGAUCUACAUUCAGAAGCACGACAACGUCAGCAUCUUAUUUGCAGACAUCGAGGGUUUCACCAGUCUGGCGUCGCAGUGCACAGCGCAGGAGCUGGUGAUGACCCUCAACGAACUUUUCGCCCGCUUCGACAAGCUGGCGGCGGAGAACCACUGUCUGCGGAUCAAGAUCCUGGGAGACUGCUACUACUGCGUGUCCGGGCUGCCGGAGGCGAGGGCCGACCACGCUCACUGCUGCGUGGAGAUGGGCUUGGACAUGAUCGAGGCCAUCUCGCUGGUGCGGGAGGUGACUGGGGUGAAUGUGAACAUGCGAGUGGGCAUCCACAGCGGCAGGGUGCACUGUGGCGUGCUCGGACUCAGGAAGUGGCAGUUUGACGUCUGGUCCAACGAUGUCACGUUGGCAAAUCAGAUGGAAGCUGGGGGCAAAGCUGGGCGUAUUCAUAUCACUAAAGCCACUCUGAAUUAUCUGAACGGGGACUACGAUGUGGAAACGGGAGCAGGCGGAGAAAGGAAUGCCUACCUGAAGAAGCACAAUAUAGAAACCUACCUCAUUGUGGGCUGCAGUCAGAAAAGGAAAGAGGAGAAGGCGAUGAUUGCCAAAAUGAACCGGCAGAGGACCAACUCAGUCACCCACAACAGCGGCCACUGGACCGACCGGCCGUUCUACAACCAUCUGAGCGGAAACCAGGUCUCCAAGGAGAUGAAGAGGAUGGGCUUCGAAGACCCCAAAGACAAGCAUUUCAUUUACAGAAACACACAAGAGAACCUAAACCCGGAGGACGAGGUGGACGAGUUCCUGGGCCGCGCCAUCGACGCUCGCAGCAUCGACCGCCUGCGAUCCGAGCACGUCAAGAAGUUCCUGCUCACCUUCAGAGAGCCUGACCUGGAGAAAAAGUACUCCAAACAGGUGGACUCCAGGUUCGGGGCUUACGUGGCCUGCGCCUCCCUCGUCUUUCUCUUCAUCUGCUUCAUCCAGAUCGUCAUCGUGCCGUCCUCCACUCUGAUGAUCGGCUUCUUCGUCACCUGCCUCAUCAUCCUGACGGCUGUCAUGUUCAUCUCAGCUGUGUACUGCUGUUUUGGGAUCUUUCCUGUUCCUCUGCAGACUCUUUCUCGGAGAAUAGUUCAGUCCAGACUGAACAGCACAUUGGUCGGAGUCUUCACCAUCAUCGUCGUCUUUCUUUCCGCCUUCAUCAAUAUUUUCACCUGCAGCAGCCUGGACCUACGGACCUGCAUCAGGACAAAGCUCAACCUCAGCCUGGACAGUGUGAACGCAUGUCACGCUCACUUCCUCAACUACACCCUGGACACGCAACAAAACCCCUGUGGAGAUGACGCCCUCAUCUGCAGCUUUCCUGAGUACUUCUCAUGCUGUGUGCUGCUGAGUCUGCUGGCCUGCUCCGUCUUCCUGCAGGUCAGCAGCAUCGGUAAACUCUUCCUCAUGCUCUUCAUCGAGCUGCUCUACCUUCUCAUCAUGGAGGUGCCCAAAGUGAGCCUCUUUGACAACCAGGACCUGCUGGUCAUGGCCAAUGCCAUCGACGCCGUCGAGCACAUGAACGGAACAAGCUGUGUGGUCGACACCAAGGUUCCUCUGAAGAUCAUGACCCCGGUGGUGAUCACCGUCUUCGUUCUGGCUCUCUACCUUCACGCCCAGCAGGUGGAGUCCACGGCCAGGCUUGACUUCCUGUGGAAGCUCCAGGCCACCGAGGAGAAGGAGGAGAUGGAGGAGCUGCAGGCCUACAACCGCCGCCUGCUCCACAACAUCCUGCCCAAAGACGUGGCCGCUCACUUCCUGCAGCGCGAGCGCCGCAACGACGAGCUCUACUACCAGUCGUGCGAGUGCGUCGCGGUCAUGUUCGCCUCCAUCAGUAACUUCUCCGAGUUCUACGUGGAGCUGGAGGCCAACAACGAGGGAGUGGAGUGUCUGCGGCUGCUCAACGAGAUCAUCGCCGACUUUGAUGAGAUCAUCAGCGAGGACCAGUUCCGUCAGCUGGAGAAGAUCAAGACCAUCGGCUCCACCUACAUGGCGGCCUCCGGCCUCAACGACUCCACGUACGACAAGGCCGGCCGCUCGCACAUCCGCGCCCUGGCUGACUACGCCAUGAGGCUCAUGGACCAGAUGAAGUACAUCAACGAACACUCCUUCAACAACUUCAAGAUGAAAAUAGGUCUCAAUAUUGGUCCUGUGGUCGCUGGGGUGAUCGGGGCCAGGAAGCCUCAGUACGACAUCUGGGGGAACACGGUGAACGUGGCGAGUCGCAUGGACAGCACAGGUGUACCAGAGAGGAUCCAGGUGACCACAGAUCUGUACCAGGUACUGAGCUCCUAUAACUACACACUGGAAUACAGAGGCGUGGUCACAGUCAAGGGCAAAGGAGAGAUGAUGACCUACUUCCUGACCAGCGGACCCCCCAGCAGUUAACCCACACCCAAGUGACGCAUGACACGCAGAGGGCUACACGCCUUACGACAUCACAAAGCGGGCUCAAAGACCUCUGACAGCUUCCGGCGGACCGAGACGGACCGAAGAGUCUCUCCUCACAGCGACGACAACCCCUUCUUGAACCCGAGGCCACGACGGAUGAGACAAGUUCAUCCGGGAGUUCAGCCCGCGCUGGAGUCGAAGGCGCUAUUUUGCUAGCUUGAAUCUACCGUUGAGACCAAAGAUGUCCAAUCAGAGCGUAAAGACAGACAGACAGACAGACAGAUUUGGCCAGCUGUAGUUCCUGAAGGCAAAAAAAAAAAAAAAAAAAUGCUGUAUAAGAAAUCUGAUUCGCUUCACUCUGCAAGAUCUUCUCAAGGGUUUUUUUUUUUUUUUUUUUUUUUGGACGAACCGGCAGGAGGACACUAAGCUGCGUCACCUCCUCUUUAUCUCUGCCUUUCUCCUGCUGGCGUAUAUACAGUAUGUACAUGGAAACCACACCAGGUUUUAAGUGUGCGUAUAUGCUUUUAUGUACUGUUUGUAAAAAAAAAACAAAAAGAAAAAAACAUUUGGUCCAUGUUUGUUGUGAUACAGGUACAAAUCUCUCAAGUGUGGACACUAAGCCAGCACUGCAGCACUGUCCGUCCUUGUAUCGAUAUCUAAUCACAUCAGUACUUAACAUCGAUGGAGAAGCAGGAAGUCGUGUCUUAUUGCUGAGGAGUGCGCGUUACAAGAGAGGAGUUUCUUUUUCUUUUUUUCUUUUUUUGUAAAGAAUAGAGAGAAAACACAGCCCGGUGGAAGCUUCCCGUCAGACAUCACACAUCUAAACACUAGUCUCAACAGCACACACACAAACACACACAGCGAAAAAACACAAAGAGGAUGUCAGUGAAAAAGAGCUUUUUCUAAUCUUGAAGAGUUUUGUAUUCUGACUUCAGAACACCAACCCUAUGAGAUAUUUUAAGAUUCUAUAUUUUGUACAUUAAUAUAUUAGAGAGCGAUCUAUAGAUGCCAGUGUGUAUUCGGAUGUACAUACUGUAUAAUUCUCAUGCCGGGACUUAAAAAAAAAAAAGAAGUCCUCACUGGUCCUGGCCUGGAUCUGAGCGAAGCGCCACAGCUAAUUGAACCGUUUUAGCUUUGAGUGGAUCGACACUCCUCUUUCUUUUUUCUUUCUUUCUUUGGUAAAUUGUUUCAACGUGCAGGAAGUCAGACGAUUAGGAGCCGUCGAUGAUCUCCCAUUGUGGAGGCGGUGGAGGAGGACGUGUCCAGCGACAAAGCAGAGGACAGAAGUGCAUCAGUCUCGGUGCUCAAAAGCCAUUUUAUUUUGCACUGCAGUGCUUUUAAGCCGUCCACCCCUUUUGUGCACUGUCCCUUCAACCCUCCCCCCUCCUCCCCCUCCUCCCCACCUCCUCUCGCUUGCUCAAUCAGAUGGUACGACCUUAUGAAUGUCCAAUGAUUCUCCGACGAGGCCUUGAUGAACGCGGACUCCACACUGACGCCGGUGAUGACGCUCGAUCCUGUGGACAGGGGACAGAUGAGCACAAGUGGAAAAGUGUUCCCUUUUACUUUUUCUCGUCAGAGCGGUUUUCUUCAGUAUUCGCCAUCAACGGACUCGUGAAUUUUAGUCAUGUUGUUACCAAACACUACAGCUGUGUUCUGUUCCAUUUUGUUUUUGUCACAGAGUACAGGACGGAGAGUUUUCACCUGGUUGUAGAAAAUGUGAAGCAUGUGGGAUAAGGCCAGCGUGUCUGUGAAGAUUCAUCCGGGUCACGGAGCUGCAGAUCCAGAUAACAAAGCUGGAAUGAGUCCAGUUGCCUCAAUUUUAGUUUGUUUUUUGUUUUUUUCAGGGGGGUGGGGGGGGAUAAGGACAAAAUUAUUUGACAUUUUUCCAACUGUCAGCAAAUCUUAAGAAAAGGCAAAAGUCCCUCUAGCGAGUAUUGCUAUUGUGGGUGCACCGAUCAGCCACAACAUUAUGACCAUCGAUAAAUUAAAUAACAUCAGUGGAUUUUAUUUGGACAUGCACCCCCCACCUCACAGCAAUGACACCCCAGCAGGGUGCAGCCGGGCACACACACACAAAAAAAACAUAAAGAACAUCACAAGGUGUUGACCUGGUCUCCAAAUUCACUAGAUCAACAAGUAUCUGUGGGAUGAUCCACAGAGAGACCCCACCUCCCCUCAACCAACAGGACCCAAAGACCCCCCACUAACAACAUCCUGUUACCAGACGUCCACAGGACACGCUCAGAAGGCCCAUCCCGACCCUUGUGUGUUGGAGGCGGUCAUAAUGUUAUGCCCGAUCGGUGUAUUUAAUGAACAAGUGAACGUCGUAUGUGGGACUAACUCAGACGAGGAGCUGCAGUGGAGGGAGAUUUAACUGUGUCACUGGAAUAAUUAAAGGCUCAGGUUCCAUUUAAAUACUUUCUAUUAAUAAAGUGAUGAAUUUUUAAUCAGUUGUCAGAAAUUAAUUAAAUUUGAAUUAAAAUUACGCAUAAAAAUCGAACAUUAUGAGAUAAUUAAAACCCACAGAGCAGCGGCUCGGGCUACAAUUCGCCACCAGCGAAGCAGUCUGGCCAAUCAGCUCGCUGCAUUUUUGUUUUCAUAUAUAUAUAAAUAUAUAUAGAUAUAAUUUAAACAUCUUUUUUAAAGUGAUCCUUAAAUGGAAACCAGCUAAAUGGAAACUGUAUGAAUGUUUAACCAGAAACAAAACUAUUUUUGCAGAACUUAAAAUCCAAAUAACUUAACUGUUUCUUAAAUAAAGAUGGUGUCGCUCACAACACUGGAGCCAUAUGUAAAUAUCAGCGUUUCCCUUUUUGCUCUUUUCGUUGGAUUUUGUUGACAGGAAAAAAAAAAAAAAAAAAUGUCUGGACUACUGUCGGCCUUAUCCUUCAAAGGUUCUGCUUUUACUUUCCUGUCUGGAAAAGACCAAGAAGCACGGCACAUGUCUGAGGGUUUGUCUCAAGCCUGUGGAACGAUGAGAAAAAGACGCAGCCUGCACUCUGUUUUGUUUUGUUGCUGUCUCUUUUCAUGUACUGUAUUGCUAAAACCAUAAUCGACACACACCACUACUACUAAAAACAACAACUUUGUCCCAUUUGACUGAUUGAACGCAGCUCCAUUCCACAACCCAACCAGUUUCUUUUUCUACUGUUUAUUGUGCAUGAAUGUGCCAUUACAGAACACAGGAGGUUGGAGAGAAGAUGCAGAUCAGAGAUGAGGAUGAUGAGGAGGAGGAGGAGGAGGAGGAGGAGGAGGAGGAGGUGUAGCUAUGAAGUGCCUGAGUGGUUACGUUCUUUGAAAGGUCCAGGGUGAAGGCUGAUUGAGUGGAAUCUACUGGCUGAGAUCAAAUUUAAAUACAGGUAAUUACGUUUGAGUGCGUGAUGCAUUUUUAGUCCAAUUGGAUUCGGACAAAACCACUUCAGCCGCGGCAGGUUGUAGUUUGAGCAGCUACAACUUCACACUACAAACCUGAAGUCCCUGAUCCCACUACGUCCUGCGCACUGGUCCUUUAAGAGCAGCGGGAGCUCACCUGCUUUUCAUUUCUGCAGCUCUGUGAGAGCGACGAGCGACUAAGACGAGGCAGAGUCUGUGACGAGAGCGGCUUCAGAGACAAAAACGUGGGUUGUUUUUGUUGUCAUGCUUAACACUAUGCUCUGUCUUUUUGUUUUGUUUUGUUUUUUUUUUUACAGUAAAAUAAACUGCUGAGAUGUUUCA